AUUCUGCUUAGGAUUAGACAUGUGCGAUCUUGAUGAUCAUGUAUGUCAAUAUCAAUAACAAAGUGAUCAUGAGUUGACUCUAGUCCAGUCAUCUUCUGGAGUUCAUUUUUGUAUUAAUAAUCUGGAAAUAUAAAAUUUAACACAGCAAUUAAAGCUUUAAUAAUGCCAUCACUGGGCGUAUGGGCAGCAUCGGUGGUCGGCGGAGCAGCAUUUGUUGGACUGACUGGUUACGGAUUUCGUUCUUUGAUAAAAACAACAGUUGUCCAUUCACCGCACUACCACAAAGCUAUGGAGUAUCUGUACGCGCAUGAAGAAUCCAAGCAACUGCUGGGAGAACCGAUUCAACAAGUAGGAUCCAUGAAUGUUGGAGACAAAAAAUAUUUUGGAGAGUACAAAACUCUCAAGUACUACACUGUACCGGUCCAAGGUUCCAAAUUUCAUGGAAAUUUGACCUACUGGAUCACUAAUGUCCACGGUAACAGUAGUAACAAUGAUAACAACAAUAAUAGUAACAAUAAUGAUGAUAAUAAUAGUAAUAAUAGUAGCAAAUAUGUAGUAAAAAAAGUUUUAUUAGAAGUGUUGACAAAGCCACGUAAAAUUGUAUGGGUUAAAAAUGACAAUAAAACGUGAUAAAUUAUUUAAAA